AUGGCAGACAAGAAAGCCAGCGCCUACGGCGCGCCCGCAGGCGACACUGACUUCCGCAAGACCUACGACCUGGACGAAUACGCUGCCAAAGCCAAAGACCGCGAGGCCAAGGAAAAGGAAGAAGCAAAAGCGCGCUACGAAGCGAAGCUCGCGGGGAAAAAAUACUAUAAGCCCCUGACGGGCGACGAGACCCUCACGCAGGCGCGGCGGAAUGUGCUGGACCUCAGCGCGCAGGUCGGCAAGACGCAGCUCGUGCCCGCGGGCGCGGGCGUGGGGAAGCGCGGGCGCGGGGCUGGGUUCUACUGCGAGGCGUGUGAUCUCACGUUCAAGGACAAUAAGCAGUUUGUGGAGCACCUCAACACGCCGCAGCACCUGGCCAACACGGGCCAGAAGACCGAGGUGAAGAGGGCGACGGCCGAGGAGGUGCGGGACCGGAUUGAGUGGCAUUGGCAGAGGAAACUGGACCUCGAGAAGGAGAAGGCGACUAGUUUGCAGGAUAGACUUGCGCUGAGGGAGGAAGAGAAUUUGAAGGAGGCUGAGGAGCGGAGGAGGAAGAGGAAAGAGGCUGAGGAGAGGAGGAGGGCUGGAAAGGAGGCGGCGGAGAAGGUCAAGACGGAAUACGGAGAUGAUGUGAGGAUUGAGGGGGAGCACGACGAGGAUGAUAUGAUGGCGGCAAUGGGGAUUACGGGGUUCGGGGGCACCAAGAAGAAAUGA